AUGGUAUCUCCUCUGCCAGAAAACAGACGACCCAAGAACUAUCCUCCAGGACCCUGGCGCCUGCCAUUUGUGGGAAACUUGUUCCAGUUUGAUUUCGAUAUGUCAAAUUUGCAUUUGGGGAUCCAGCUGUUUGUGAAGAAAUAUGGAAACCUAAUUAGCCUUGAUUUUGGUAGCAUCUCUACAGUGAUCAUAACUGGACUGCCCUUAAUCAAAGAAGCUUUCAUUGACAUGGAACAAAACACUUUGAAACGCCCCAGCUUACCUAGCAGGAAACGUGUGUUUAAAGACAAUGGGAUUCUUUUUUCUAGUGGCCAGUUAUGGAAGGAGCAAAGAAGGUUUGCACUGACAAUACUCAAGAAUUUUGGAUUAGGGAAGAAGAGCUUAGAGCAGCGCAUACAGGAAGAGGCCCACCAUCUAGCGGAAGCCAUAGGAGAGGAGAAAGCACAGCCUUUUGACCCUCACUUCAGCAUCACCAAUGCAGUUUCCAAUAUUAUUUGCUCCAUCACCUUUGGGAAGCGCUUUGAGUAUGAUGACAGUCAAUUUCAGGAUCUAAUAAAGUUAAUAGAUGAGACCAUAUGCUAUGAGGCAUCAAUAAUGUCACUGCUCUACAAUGUCUUCCCCUCCAUAUUGAAAUAUCUUCCUGGAACACAUCAAACAGUUUUCAGAAACUGGGAAAAACUGAAAUUGAUUGUUUCCCAUAUGGUAGAGAGUCACAAGAAAGAUUGGAAUCCUCAUAAGCCGAGAGACUUCAUUGAUGCUUUUCUUACAGAAAUGACAAAGGCUCAAGGUAACCCAAAUCCUGAAAGAAGAAUCAUUAACCCUGUCACUCUUGCUUCUCCUAUACUUCCAAAACAUGAGGAUGACAUUGAGAAGUUCAGCUGCCAUGUUGUAAUGAUCUUUGAGAAAGUACACUCUGAGAUUGAUGGAGUGAUUGGACAAUGGAGGCUGCCAAGCACGGGUGACAGAGACUCCAUGCCCUACACCAAUGCUGUCAUCCAUGAGGUGCAGAGGAUGGCUAACAUCAUCCCCUUGAAUAUGCCCAGAGAAGUAACAGCUGAUAGCACUUUGGCUGGAUUCCACCUGCCUAAGGGCAAAAUGAUUCUCACAAAUUUGACUGCCCUGCACAGGGACUCCAAAGAGUGGGUCACUCCAGACGUCUUCAAUCCAGACCACUUUUUGGAGAAUGGAGAGUUUAAGAAGAGAGAAUCCUUUCUGCCUUUCUCAGUGGGAAAAAGAGCUUGCCCUGGAGAACAACUGGCCAGAUCUGAGCUGUUCAUUUUCUUCACUACUCUUAUGCAAAAAUUUACCUUUAAGGCCCCAAUUAAUGAAAAGCCAAGCCUGAAGUUGAGAAUAGGCCUCUCCCUUUCUCCAGUCGGCAACCGCAUCUGUGCUGUCCCUAGACAAUGAUGCUGGAGAAGGAAAGACAAAAGAGAGCAGGAAGAUAUGCUCUGAAUGUUCUGGGCCUUGCUCAUAAGAAAGAAAAAGGAUGUCAGAGAAUGAAGGUAAUUCAGGAACUGUUAAAAGAAAUUUGGCUAAUAAAAUGAACCUAA